GGUCUUGUUCUCCGAUUGUCAGGUGGUGAGCCGCUACUGUCGUUUCCAGCGUUGAUUCAUUUCCCGAUGUACGAAGAAUACACACUUCCUGACGGUACCGUAUCCGGUACACAAUAUUUCCCAUUCCGAACGAUGGCUAUGUUUUCUUCGUUCAUCGCUUGCGUCGGUGUUUCGUUGCUCACCGAACAUCUCUUCAAAUCAGGCAAAUUAUCAGUGGAAAUGGACUUCUUAACGUGCGUAGUGAACAUUCCUCCAGAACGAAUAGCGCUUCCGAGCGACACAAGUUUCAACGUUAGUUGUGAAACACUGGCGAUGCAGAAGACGAAGGAUGCGGACGGUAGUGGCGAAAGAAUGAUCACCACCAAUGGAUUCUUAGGACCGUGCACACCGGUCAAUGAACACACCUCAUUGCACGAUGCAAAAAGUCGCGAUUAUCUCACACUCAAUCACCACUAG